AUGUCACUGGUAAAUGGAUGGUCCACAACUUCAUCGAUAAUUUCUGAUGUUUUGCCAGAGGAAUUUGAGAAAGGUAAGAUUUUUUGACAGAAAUUCUGAAUAUUUAGAGAAAUUGGUUCGAUUUAGAAUUAUAAAACCUGAACUAUAUUCGUGAACUUUUUUCUAUUUAAAAAUGUGUUGCGUCUUCUGCGAAUUGUGUAAGAAAUGUAACAUUUCAAGAAUUACUGAAAUUACUGUAACUCAAAAUUUCAAAAGAAUAAUAUCGGACCUGGUAUAUUCAAAAAUGGUUCGAAAAUAUUCCCAAUAGUUUUCUUCAAAUCCUAAAAAAAAAGUAAAAUGUUGCGCCAAUUUUCUUUUUUUCCUCCUCUCAAUUCUUUUCUUCUUUUUCUUUUUUUCAUUCAUAAGUAUUUAUGUAUUAUUUUUUUUAUUUAUGUUCUUUUUCCAUGAAUUGCAAAUCAUUUUGCUCUUCUUCUUCUAAAAUAUUUCUGGUUUCUGACAUUUCUUGACAAUCCCUAGUUAUGUUUUUCGGAAAUUCUGGAUUUUGUACAACUCGGCCUAAUAAUAGUGCUGUUACUACUAAUGUUGCAGCUGGAAGAAGCUUCUGUGAGUUUUCAUAGAAUUUUGAGAUAUUCUGAAUUUAAGUUCAAAUUUAUGAAAAAGAUUUUUGAAACGUGAAUUUCGUGUUCCGCAUGUUUUCUAAUUUUUUUGGUCCAAUAUUUAGUUACUGUAAAUUGAAAUUUUUUGAAAUACUCGGUUUGAAUUCACGAGUUUCAAAAAUUCCUGGUCCCCAAAGAUAAAUAAUUUUUUCAGAUGAAUUGGUUCUGUCAGACAAUGAACGACUUCGAGGGCGAGUUGAGGAACUCGAAAAAAUUGUGAUCACUCAAAGAAAUGAGAUUGUACGUUGUUCCCCGGAAUGUAUUAUUUUUUUCAAAUUUGAAUCAAAUUUUAGAUGCUUCUCCAAGCCUCAAUGGCUGAUAUUCUUCGACGAGUUCAAAAUCUCGAAGCCAAGCCGUCAUCCCAAUAUAAUUCUUGUAAGUUUUUUUUUAAUGUUUCAAAAAAAUACCUGAAACUCCCUUUACAGUACCUCGACCAAGCCGUCUUUCAAAUUCUCGAAGCACAUACAAUCAAAUGUCAAAAAGUAUGCAUGGAAGCGAAAGUUUUUCGCCAAAUCGUAGACAAUCUCGAGAUUUGAUAAAUGUUCCAAUGGGAAAAAGCGCGCGAGGUUCGCCAAUGAGAAAAUGGGUUUCGAGUCAGGAAAUUCCACCAACUCCGCCGGAUCCGAGAAUAAGAAGAGUUUCGACAACUUCGUCUUCGGAAGAAGUUGCAAGUACAAGUGGAAUUAAUGGAAAUGGAAAUGGGAAAACUUCGAUUGUGAAUCGAGUUAGAAGGUUGAGCGGGUAAGGAAAUAUUCUUUUUAGAUUUUGUAGAUGUUUGUGAAUUCUAGAAUUUUGGUAGAUAUUUUUGGUUUGAAAAUUUAUAUUGCACUUUGAAGAGAGAAGGAUUAUGAUCUAUGAUCAUUCAUGAACAUUUGACGUGAAAAUGAAAAAUCCUGGGUGUGAUAUGUUUCAAGCUUACGUUGAAUUUGCAAAAAAAAAUCCUCAUCAUUUUCCACUCCAUAUUUCGUGUGUCAUUUUCUCACCUUUUUCCAGUAAAAAUCACGAUUUGACAUCUUCACAAUUAUCACUUGCAUCUUCUUCACUUUCAUCCACAACAACUUUUAUUUCUCGGCAUGUUACUUACUUAUAGAAUUUUUUCAGGUCUCUACUAGAUUUUCAAUUAGUUCACAUUUUUCAGUAAAAAUCCUCACAGUUGUCGUCCGACAAAUGGAAAUCUCCCGAUUUUUGUGGGCGGAAAAACAAUAAAUAUUCAAGUUCCGAAUGAAUUUGAGGAUUUUGAUCCACAGCAAAAUCAGGAGCCACCAAAUAUCAAUGCAACUUUGAAACAUAUUUACAGUAAGAUUUUACUCGAGUUUUUUGAACUCAAAAAUUUGAAUUUUCCAGGUUUCCGUGGAAAAGAUGUUCGAGCAAAUAUUGAAGUUCUGCCAACUGGUGAAAUUCUAUUUUUCUCAGCUAAUUUCGUUAUUAUGAUGUCAACUGAUGGUAGUGGAACUCAGAGAAUUUAUCAAGGACAUACUUCAGAUGUUAAAUGUAUUGCUCUUCAUCCAAAUAAAAUAAUCGUGGCAUCUGGACAAUCGACGUGUCAUUUGUCUGAAAAAGCAUUGAGAACUGAACAUAAUACACCUGUUGAAUCACCUGAUGAAUUAGUUCGACAACUUGAAAUGGAACAUACUGAAGCACAUAUUCGAAUUUGGGAUUCGGUCAAACUACAAACAUUAUUGAUUAUUGGUGGAUUUGAUGGAUAUUUUGAGAAAGGCAUUUGUCAAUUGGCAUUUUCAAAUAGUGAUUCAGGAAUUCAUUUGGCUUGCAUUGAUGAAUCUUUGAAACAUACAAUGACAGUUUGGAAUUGGCAGAAAAUUAAGAAAAUUGGAGAAGUAAAAGCUGCAAAUGAUACUGUAUUUGAAAUGAAAUGGCAUCCAAAUAUUAAAAAUAUGAUUGUUGUUUUUGGCAAGGGUCAUUUCUCAUUCUUCAGUUUUGAUUCAGUGAGUGGAAUAUUAUUAAAAACGUGUGCACAAUUUGAGGGAAGAGAUAAACCAAAAACAGUUCUCUCAAUGUGUUUUGGAAAAGAUGGACAAGUUAUAACUGGAGAUUCAAAUGGAACAAUUUCAAUUUGGGAUACAAAAACAUAUCGAGUUGUGAAACAAGCGCAUUCAGUUCAUCCUGGUGGAAUAUAUUCAUUGUGUUUAGGAAAAUCAGGAAAAUUGUUGAGUGGUGGAAAAGAUCGAAUGAUUAGUGAAUGGGAAAUUGAUUCAUUGGUUAGAUCGAGAAGAUCUGCUGAAAUUCCAGAUGAUCGAGGUUUUGCAAGAACUAUUUUAUCAAUUUCGAAUGAUUCAAUAAUUGUUGGAACAUCUACAAAUUCUCUACUCUUUGGUUCUCCAGAAAAUCUCAGUUCGCUUAUCGAAGGAGAUACUUCUGAAUUAUCAGCAAUUGUUCCUUGUGGAUCAACACAUUUUGUGAGCGGAUCGAAAUGUGGAAUAUUACGAAGAUGGAAUAUUGAAGAAAAGAAAAUUGAGUGGUCGAAAAAAUAUAUGGGAAGUAUUGAAUGUUUGGAUAUUGAUUCUUCAAUGACUCAUGUUAUAAUUGGAUUUUUAUCUGGAAGUUGGCAGGUUAUAAAUAUGGUAAAUCAGGAAACAAUUGAAGAUCAUCGAGAGGGUUCCAAUGGAAUUUGUUGUGUAAAAUUUGCGCCAGUUGGAGGCACUUUUGCGAUUUGUACCAAGGUGAGAGCGAAAUCUUCAUUAACAGAUGUUUCAAAAUUCUGAUGGAAAAAUUUGAGAUUCUAUUUUCAAAUGUUUUCAGUUGAUAAGUUUUCAAAGUAUUAUUCUGAAAGUCUGCAUCUUGCUUUACAAGAUUUUUUGAAAAAAUGCGCAAAAACAAUCAUUUUUCAGGACCCACUUUGCAUAAUCUAUCGCAUUGAUGCCUCAAGAAAUCUAAUAAAACUCGCAAAAAUAACCCAAAUUCCAAGCCCAAUAAUCCACGUGGAUUGGUCUUUAGAUGGUCAAACAAUCCGUGCACAAACAAUCGGAUAUCAUUUAUUCCAUUAUUCUCGAAUUGGUGAACCUGCAAGUUCCAAAAAUCAAUGGAUUUCUUCAAAUUGUUCGUUAGCUUUUGAAACAUGUUUAGUCGAACAUUCAUCUAACGGAUUAGUAAAUUCUACGGCAAGACUGGAAGAUUUGAGUGCAGUUGGCAUGGAAAAUGGAACCAUACGAUUAUAUUCAACACCGGUUACAAGUCUUACGGUAAUACAGUACCAGUCUCUCAAAAAUCAUAUUUGUUUUUUUUUAGGCAGGAUUUAUUAAACUUAUUGGCCAUCCAAAAAUCAUCAAAUCUCUUGGUUUUGCCUCAAAAAACCUUAUUUUGUCAAUGAGUCCAAUUGAUAAUUCGAUAUUUGAAUGGAAAAUCGAAGAAAAUGUGUAA